AAAAUUAACAACGGACCGAACAAAAAUUCCCCUUUUUGCUCUUCGCCGAUUCAGCCUAAAAGAAAAGAAAAGAAAAAAAAAAUCAUUAAGCUUUUUAUUAUUCAAAUCGAUUCUCAAUACCUCUUAUGGAUCUUAUCCCAGCUGUCAUCUGUUUGUAAUUACUUUCUGACAUCGCCCAUUUUCUCCCCCAAAUUUUGUUAUCGUUUGAAUCUUCGAAUGGGGUGUUGUAGUAGCACGAAUGGUGAUUCUAGAGCUGCUCGUGUCGCUCGAUGGAGAUCCACCGGCAUCGUUGCCCUCAGAGAUUUUAAGUUGAAGGUGCUACCAGGUGAAAUUUUUGAGGUGGGUAGUUCUGUGCGUACACUUGAUUUAACCAACAAUAAAAUAGUUGAAAUACCUUCAGAUAUUGGAAAACUAGUUAGCGCACAGCGUCUGGUUUUGGCCAGUAAUCUAAUUGAGAGGCUGCCGAAUAACCUUGGGAAUCUUCGGUCAUUAAAGGUCCUCACACUUGAUGGAAAUCGGCUUAGAAACUUACCUGAUGAAUUAGGUGCCCUUUCCAGACUGGAGCAAUUGUCUAUCACCAACAAUAUUUUGAUAUGCUUGCCCAAUACAGUUGGGCAUCUGCAUAAUCUGCUGAUAUUAAAUGUGUCCAGUAACAAGUUAAAGUCACUUCCAGAGUCAAUUGGGGGUUGCACCUCCUUGGAAGAAUUUCAGGCGAAUGACAACUUAAUAGAGGAACUACCCCUAUCAAUUUGCAAUCUCAUUCAUCUGAAAUCCCUCUUUUUGAACAAGAAUAACAUGCAUCAGUUGCCCCAGAAUCUGCUGAGAGGCUGUAAAGCCCUGCAGAAUCUCUCUCUUCAUGACAAUCCCAUUGCCAUGGAGCAGUUCCAGCAGAUGGAUGGUUUCCUGGAGUUUGAAGCACGGAGAAAGAAGAAAUUUGACAAGCAAAUUGAUUCCAAUGUUAUGAUGAGCUCCACUGCAUUGGAUGAGGGACUUGAUCUAUGAGGCAUUCCACCAUUUUUCAUUGCAUUAUUCAUGACAUGCGUUUCACUCGUAAUAUAGAUGUCAUUCUCGUAAAAAGUGAAGUUUCCAUGUAUAAAUAAUUAUUUGCAAAUUCAGUGUUUGUAGCACCCAUCUCCUCAUCGAUAAAUACUUAUAUGCAAAUUCAGUGUU